AUGAAUGACUACGCUGACGUAGGAGUUUUUUGUGCUCGACUCAUUCGACUCGAAAUCACGUGGUGCUGCAAGGUUCCGCGAUUGGCGAAGGAAGUCCGCUCGGGUACCUCGGAGAAGGAUUCCGACCGAUUGAAAUGCGAACGUGUUCAUACCAUUCUAUGUCCCGCGCUCUUUCGAAAAUUGACAACCGCGCGGCUUAAAAUGGAUCGUCAAAGCAAUAAUGGAUCCAUCAAUGCCACAUCGUGCCGUCUUUGCCACUUUUCAGGAAGCGAUGUGAGGCUUGGGUGUGGAUGCACUCUCCAUGCGAGAUGCGUUCCUCUCAGCCUGGUGAUUUCUGCGAAAAGCGCCCCGCUUGGUUCGGCUAUUGCAGCUAGCCCCAAUCAAAACAUGUGUCCUUUGUGUAUGAGGGCUCCUGUCUCCGAAAUGCAUUUGUUCGCCAUGACUAUCGACGAUUUGGACCAAGCUGUUGAGUGUCGCAAAAAUUCCGUUAUGAAAAAGGAGCAUGGAAAAGCCGCUGAAUCUUUUGAAUUGGUACAGGCGGAAGCCUCGUAUUUGCUGCUUGCGCACUCGCCUAUGUCGAACGGCAUCUCCGGAGAACAUAGCUACCAGCGCACAGGACGAUGGACGGACGAAGAGACCGCCUUGACGGACUUUUUGAUGGAUGCUUUUGACAAGGGGAGGCUUCCAACUCCAGAGGGUAUACGACUGAACGAUUUUUUGUCAGGGCUGCUGCUUUGCAAAAAUAGUCGUCUGACGAAAAAAAUGAAGAACGCCAAGCUGAGCGUUCGGUCGUAUGAAUUUUCUGUCGACAAAGGCAUCAAUUUUUGUAUCGACUUCCAGAUGCUUUCGUCUCUGGAAUCAAAAUUCCUGGAAUCGGUCAGCUCGGAACCCACGAGGCUCGAACUCCGUUUUAAUAUGACUAAAAUGUGGAGGUCCCAUUUUUCGAACUUGUGUUUACAAGUUGGCUCGACAUUACUAAACGCAAGCGAUUGGAUAUCAAGCUUGGAGACCAUGGAAUGUCGCGCGGCACAGGCAGAAGAAUCAAUUCGAAAGUCUCGUCGCCGUCGGAUGGGAUUAGCAUUGAAAAACGAUGUCCGGGCGGCGGUAGUUUCCUCAACAGAAAGCGGAGUAUUCUUCUCGGGAAUGCCCAUGAAAAAAAUGGAAUCUUCCAAAGUUACUAGGGCUGACUCAAUGCUUUCAACGUCGAAUCUCGUCUCAGCUGAUGGUAGCGCGGUGGAAAAUCCUCAUGGACCUGGCGACGCAGAAUCUCUCUGUGAGACAGACUUUGGAAGCGAAGCGGACUUUAUCAACGAAAUGUUGGACGGCAAGGGACAAACGGAGGAUUUUUCAAAGAUCCUGGACGACUUUGUAACAGGGGAACCAUUUUUCCAGCCAUCUAAUCACCUGCGCAACAGUGCGGGACCAUUUCUCGAAGAGAUUGUUGCGUUUGUUGAAGCGCACAAUUUGCCUUUCCAGCACGUAGAUAUUUGGGUUCCCUCCUACACUGUACAAGGUCGUGGCCAGCCCGACGAGCUACGUCUUUGUCAUGCUGGACACGCUACACGAAGUGAUUUGGAUUCAUCGCUCUUUUGCCAGCUGUUUGAGUACGGUGAGUACAGUACCAAGUUCUCUUUUGCCCCUGGGGCGGGUCUACCCGGACGAGUUUAUUCGACAAACCGAUUUUCGUGGGAGCGUCACAUUGACCAAGCCGACCCGAGUUUGUUUAAACGCGCUGGUGGUGCCAAGAUUUAUGGAGUGCAAACUGGAUUCGGAUUCCCGCUGAAGACAAAUGCAAUUGGCAAAAUAGUUCUCUCCAUGUAUAGUACAUCAGACGUUGCCGAAGAUCCAACUGUCAUAAAGUGUUGUCUGGAAAACAUAGGACAAUAUGUUCCUGAGCCGAAGUGGAAGUUAGUUGUGGAGAUGGGCGAUUCAGAAAAAAAUUCUUCUUCAAGCGACCUCGUGUUAACCACCCCGGCCUUCGAUUCUAGUAACUUGAUCCACUACCAACAUGACAGUAGCGAGGUAAACUCGCAAUUGCUUAGCGUUUCACCUCUAGGUGCAUCGGAGCAGAGGUCUGUUUUGAAACAGUCCCCAAGACUUUUUCCAGUUCAAUCAAAUGCAUUAAAUAUGCGUAAGACAUCGUCAGCCUCCAUGUCAAGCCACGCUUCGUCUGAACUACCCACGGAUCCGGUCGAAGAAGAGCACUUUAUCGCGACACUUUUGGGAUACCACAUGCCCCUCGCGGAAAUUCCGUCAGCAAGAGAGCCGGAAUCUUCGUCGGUCGCUCCAAGUCUUAUGCUUCCACAUUUUAUGUCCCUUCGACUGCUUCUUCUUCGAGCUGAGGCUCGCCGUUCAUCGAGAGAUAAUGAGCUGAUUGAUGUCGUGAAAAAAAGCUUUCGCGGAUAUUCCAAAGACCAACGGCGUACUGACAAAGACCUGGCCUUUCUUCUAGUCAAGGAUUGGCAAUACCUUAUAGCCACUAUGCCUGUAGACGAAAGAAAACCUGCGGCAAAACCCGCCGACACCCAUCAGUGUCAUGUUUUGAAUACUCCAACUAUUAAAACGUACUCGACCACAGGGAAUCCGGUUUCGAUGCCAGCGUCUCUUGGCUAUCCCGAUCAAAGCAAAUCUCGGCAAAGUUCGUUUGACCUGAGCUUUGACUUGCGAGCUGCGAAACAGCGGAAAAUUUCUUCUUCCAACGAGUACGAGGCGCACGAACACAAAGUCAGCAUUGUGGACGAGUUUGGUUAG